CCUCCUCCUCCAGCUGAUGAUGACCAACCGUUUAGCUGCCAAAGCUACGGAACUUAGCAAGCAGCUAGCGGUGUGAUAGCGUCGUUAUUAGCCGACAAUGUGCUAUCUGUGUGACAUUUUUGUUGCCGGAUAUAGACGCGUCGUUUAAUGCGCCCCUUUACCUCACUGGGGGUUAAGUACCACGCUUAGUUGGUUAACUUGUGUGGUCUGACGGGAGACUCAGAGGAGUGUCCAGAGGCUAGCAGCUAACAGGCUAAGCUAGUUAGCGCUCUGCUUUUUAACUCCUCUAGUCUGGUUCUGGUCUGCUUUUGAAAGCUGUCGUUUUCGUAGCCGUGACAACCAGUGGGACUUCUGGAUGAGAUCUGGACCUGAGCCUUGGGCGUCAUAUGAUGUUCAGAGCUUUUCAAGUCGCAAAACUUGACAACCUCUUCUUGUCCUUUUAAACCUUCGUAUGUUACACCCCCAAACAAUCUCUGCUUGGCAACAGCAUGAUAAGUUACUCUGACCCCACCCAGCCCACAGGGACAAGAAUCUCCCAAAACCAAAGUCUCCAAAUGAUAUGAUAGUAGCCGCCUGGAUCACUUUCUGUGCCUGCAGGAGCCUUGCCCAGGUUCUGCUCUUCCUCUCCUCCUCAAACUCCCUUCUUCCAUUCUGGGAGACCGUUGCGAGAGUCGUCUCCGGCACUGGAACCAUGGGUAACAGCUGUGUGUGCCGAGAGGAUAGUGACUUGGAGGAUCAUCAUCAUGGGUCGACGAGGGCGGCUCGAGGACAAGCUAGGCGGGUGGAUCACGGCACAGGUGUCAGCGUUGAUCCCGGAGAGCCUCGGAGCAGUCGGCCGAGGGACCCGGUCAGGCCGCCGCGGCGAGGGCGAGGGCCUCAUGAGCCCAGGCGGAAGAAGCAGAACGUGGAUGGGCUGGUGCUGGACACAUUGGCUGUCAUCAGGACGCUAGUAGACAAUGACCAAGAGCCCCCUUACUCCAUGAUCACUUUGCAUGAGAUGGCAGAGACGGACGAUGGCUGGCUGGAGGUCGUCCAGUCUCUGAUACGUGUGAUUCCACUGGAUGAUCCACUUGGCCCUGCAGUGAUCACCCUUCUACUGGAUGAGUGUCCUCUCCCCACCAAGGAUGCUCUCCAGAAACUCUCCGACAUGUUGAGUCUAAGUUCGGCGGUUGCACGACAGGACGCUCUCAACCCUGCUAAACACAGGAACACCACAGCUGUCCUGGGAUGCCUAGCAGAGAAACUGGCUGGUCCGGCCAGCAUUGGUUUGUUGAGUCCUGGAACUCUUGAGUACCUUCUAGAGAGCCUGAGCUCCGAGGCUCACCCUACUGUCAUGCUGUUUGCGCUCAUCGCCCUGGAAAAGUUCUCCCAGACCAGCGAGAACAAACUGACGGUAUCCGAAUCAUCUAUCAGCAAUCGUCUCGCCGUCCUGGAGUCAUGGGCCGAGCAUCCUGACUACCUGAAGAGGCAGGUCGGGUUUUGUUCACAGUGGAGCCUUGACAACCUGUUCCUAAAAGAUGGUCGUCAGUUCACUUACGAGAAGGUCAACCUCACCAAUAUCAACGCCAUGCUCAACAGCAACGAUGUCAGCGAGUACCUCAAGAUCUCCCCCUCUGGACUUGAGGCACGAUGUGAUGCCUCGUCCUUUGAGAGCGUGCGUUGCACAUUCUGUGUGGAUUCGGGCGUUUGGUACUACGAGGUGACGGUCAUUACAUCUGGCGUAAUGCAAAUCGGAUGGGCCACCAAGGACAGCAAGUUCCUGAACCAUGAGGGUUAUGGGAUCGGAGAUGAUGAAUACUCAUGUGCGUACGAUGGCUGCAGGCAGCUCAUCUGGUACAACGCUCGCAGUAAACCUCACUCUCAUCCCUGCUGGAAGGAAGGAGAUGCUAUCGGCUUCUUGUUGGACCUCAGCAAGAAGCAGAUGAUCUUCUAUUUGAACGGACAUCAGCUGCCGCCAGAGAAACAGGUCUUCUCAUCAGCCACGUCUGGUUUCUUUGCGGCAGCCAGCUUCAUGUCCUACCAGCAGUGUGAGUUUAACUUUGGGUCCAAGCCUUUCCGUCACCCUCCCUCCGUCAAGUUCAGCACCUUCAACGACUUCGCUUCGCUGCUUCCCAGCGAAAAGAUCAUCCUACCGAGACACCGGCGUCUGGCCUUACUGAAGCAAGUCAGCAUCCGAGACAACUGCUGCACGCUGUGUUGUGACGUCAUGGCCGACACAGAGCUGCGGCCCUGUGGACAUGGUGGUAUGUGUAUGGAGUGUGCCUUACAGUUAGAGACGUGCCCCCUUUGCCGCCAAGACAUCCAGACCCGCGUCAGACUCAUCGCGCACGUCUCCUGACACACUUCCUGCCAUUCGUCCGAUAAGAAGAGGCACACAAGCCCUGCAGUCUUCUCCUCUAAUCCCCUCUUGUCAAACGGGGCAGCGAGGAUGGUGCCACAGUGUGACGAUGCCGGAACUGCAAGUUCUGGUCAGAGGAGGUGGCUAUGGACGGGUGGAGAGAAGAAAGCGAGAAGAUGAGAGGAGGGGGGAUCAAACCACAGCUGGACCCCCUGAAGCGUUUCCUCAUUUACCUUCAUCUCCUUUCUUUUCCUUUUUUUUGUUUUGUUUUAAUCCUUCUGACCACUCAAAAGCUGGGCCAAGAAUCAUCAACUUUCUACUAACAGUGCAUUUUUCACACAAAGAACAAAAGUGGGGAGCGGAGACAAUUUAAUCUGCAUCGUCUGCUGUGCCCCCGCGUGAGGUUAUUAAAACAUUCUUUCAGAAGUGAGGCUCCCACCGCGCUUUCAGUCUAGAGGCUACAACUAUUUAAUCCCAUCACCGCCACGCGCACGUCUGCAGAUCUGGCUGGGCUAGGUAGCAGAAAAGGACACGGCGUGUAGUACAGUAUUAAAACCAAGGUACAGAUACUUUUGAGAUGUUUCUCACUGUCUUGUUUUUGGCUAUAGAUAUAUGUGAAUUAUUGUAUUCUCCAGGUAGCAUUUCAUUCUCUUUUUCCAGCACCUGUACUUUGGAAAGAUUCAUUGUUGGGUAAAAUAUGGUGUCAGUAAAAUCAAACAAAGACACUUUUUCUGAUUCAUUUGACAGAACCUCUCAGAAUCAAUUAGCUGCCAUACAAGAAAGAAAGUGAAUGAUUCAUUUACAUAACAGAUAUACAAAAAUAUUUCAGUCUGUAUUUGAACAGACUUUUAUAAACCCUGCUGCUUUUUGUGCUUUGUUGUCUUUGCUCAGAUGUUAUUUCCUCAGUCUCAAUCAUGUACAAAAAAAAAAAAAAAAAAGUACCACAAUAAACUGGGAUUAGAGUUUACAAAAAGUUAGUGUGAAUGAAACCGAGCGUGGCCCCCUUUCCAAUUAUAAACGCAUAUUUCGAAGAAUCUUCUGAAUUCAUCUGAUAUAUCAUGAUCGGUGCUAAAAGAAAUUUGGCAACAAUUUGUAAAAUGUGGCUCCACUGUGAGUCAGACUAAUUUUGAAAAGUCUUAAUUUUUUUUUUGUUUGUGAUGACAAACAUGUACGUCUGUGUAAAGGCGACACUUUUCAGUUGCAGGGUGUGAUUUCGUUGUGUGUUCUGAAUGGGACUCGCGUUGGCUGAGAAGUACACCAGGUUUUAUUCCUUGACUGUUUUCUGAGUUGAGUCGUAAACUUGUUAAAUUGAAACAAAUGUGAAAUUUUUUAAUUUUGAAAUUGUUUUCCUUGAUAUGAGUUUACAGGUUUAUCCUUAAAAUUAUGUAAUUUUGAGUUGGGUUUGUCAGUGAAAUACUUGACAUGAAUGAGCAAAUUCACCUCGAGAGUGUGGACGUAAAAUGUAUUUAUUUUUCCUCUAGCAACCAAUCACAGCCGAUGUAAAAACUUGAAAAGUGUAUUUUCCAAUUGACGGGGUCAGACUUUUAAAAAUAUGGUUCCCUUCUUUGUGCUCUGUAUAAACAUGACACAUUUUGCAGUAUCGCCCUCUGUUUUCAACCUUGUUUUCUUUCUUUGUGUCUCUGUCCAUUUACUUGAAGCAUCUCUGGGUUGACAUUUGUGUUUUUGGAAACGGGUGACAAAAUUAACAAAUGAGAGAGUCAAGAAAAUUAUGUCAACAAGAAACAUCAGUGGCAUUUCAGAAUACACCACUGAACAAUUUAAAUACAUUUUAAUCAAAUUGUUUACGGAAGAGUUUCUUCUCCAGCAAACUGCAUGAGCAGAAUCUGUAAAAUCAUUCAGACUACACGAGGAUGGUUUCUGAAGAUAAUGUGCGUCUCUCAGUAUGAGAUGAGACUGGUAUGGUCAGUGUUUACCUUGUAUUUCCCUGGAGCACCUUAUGGAGGUGAGAGACGAGGUUCAGGAUUGUAAAGAAUUAAGUUGUGAGUUAUAUUUAAAACAUCCACAAAGGAAAUUUGCCCCAGAGUUCCCAAAGAUGUGAUUUAUUGCAGAAUUGUUGUUUCCUGAAUUGUGGUAUUUGUAAUAAAUGUAUGUUCAUGUGA